UAUGUCGAAUGAGUUGAACAAAGACGACGUCUUUCAGGCAGAAGACUUGAACUUGUUAAAGGAGACCUUGUUUGAAAAGGAAAAGCUGGAUAAAGAAGAACAAUUAAGAAAGCCUAUAAAGUCCAUUGCUGAAAAAUGGCUUCUGAUUCCUGCCUUUCUCAAGUUGAGAGGAUUGGUCAAACAACAUAUAGAAUCUUUCAACUUCCUUAUUGAGAAAGAAUUAUCUAAAAUAGUUGCUGCUAAUGAUAAAGUUACUUGUGAUGCUGAUCAAAGUUUCUAUUUAAGAUAUUUAGGAAUCAGAGUUGGAACUCCUUCUAUUGAAGAGGACCUGGUCAUUUCCAAAGUUACUCCACAAGAGUGUCGAUUACGUGAUUUGACCUAUGCAGCACCUAUUUAUGUCGAUGUGAGAUAUACAAGAGGAAAGGAGGUGCUUAUUCGAAAGGAUGUUGCUAUUGGUCGAAUUCCCAUCAUGCUUAGAAGUUCUCACUGUAUCCUCACAGGAAAGAAGGAUGGGCAGUUAGCAAGCCUAGGUGAAUGUCCUUUGGAUCCAGGUGGCUAUUUCAUUAUUCGUGGGACAGAGAGAGUCAUUUUGAUUCAAGAACAAUUAUCAAAGAAUCGUAUCAUCAUAGAAGAAGAUAAGAAAGGAAAUUAUUGUGCUACAGUUACCUCUUCUACGCAUGAACGCAAGUCACGAACUUCUCUGGUAUACAAGUCUAACAACAUUUAUCUUCGACACAAUUCACUUGUGGAUGAUAUUCCAAUUUGGAUUGUAUUCAAAGCUUUAGAAGUGGAAUCUGAUCAAGAGAUUGUUCAAUUGAUAGGUUUGAUAGAAGAAGAAUAUCGUAGUUAUUAUUUCUUGCUUAAUCAUAAGAAGGAAUGUAUUUCUCGUCACGUUCAAAAUCGAAAUGAAGCACUUGAAUAUAUUGGCUCUAGAGUUCGUCUUUUUCGCAAAGGUUACUCAUUUCGUCGUUCCACUAUAGAAGAAGCACAAGAAGUAUUGGCUGGCGUUAUAUUGUCUCAUAUUCCAACAUAUCAACAUAACUUUCGCAAUAAGAGUAUUUAUUUAGCAUUUAUGGUUCGUCGAUUGUUAACAGUCGCUGAAAAUUUAACCACAGUAGAUGACAAAGAUUAUUAUGGAAACAAACGUUUAGAAUUGGCUGGACAACUUUUAUCUUUGUUGUUUGAAGAUCUAUUCAAGAAAUUCAAUGCAGAUUUGAAGAGACAUGCUGAUAUGGUACUCAGCAAACCCAAUCGUGCUGCACAGUUUGAUAUUGUGAAAUGCAUGAGACCAGAUACCAUUUCAGUAGGAUUGGAAAAUGCCAUUGGCACUGGAAAUUGGACUGUCAAGAGAUUUCGUAUGCAUCGUGCAGGUAUUACGCAAGUCUUGUCUAGACUGAGCUAUAUCGCAGCACUUGGAAUGAUGACCAGAAUUACUUCACAAUUUGAAAAGACUAGAAAAAUUUCUGGUCCUCGUUCUUUACAAGGUUCCCAAUGGGGUCUUUUAUGUCCUUCCGAUACUCCAGAAGGUGAAUCUUGUGGACUAGUUAAGAAUCUGGCUUUAACAGCUCAUAUUACUACAGAUGCUGAAGAGGAGCCUUUGAUACGCUUGUGUUAUAUUUUGGGAGUUGAAGAUGCAACUUUAUUUUCAGGUGAUGAGUUGAACAAUCCUUCCCAUUUUCGAAUAUUCUUAAACGGAAAAUUUUUGGGAAUUCAUCGAAAUGCUUCAUACUUUGCCAAUAUCUUUCGAUUUCUUCGUCGAAAAGGUGCCAUUGGAGAGUUUGUUUCGAUAUUUGUGAAUGAAGCAGAAAAUGUAGUAUAUCUUUCGUGUGAUUCUGGUCGCAUUUGUCGACCUCUUAUUAUUGUUGAAAAUGGGAAACCCAAAGUUACUCAACAAUAUAUAGAACAGCUUGAAAGAAAUCAACUAGAAUUUACAGAUUUGGUGCAACAAGGUCUUGUUGAAUAUCUUGACGUCAAUGAAGAGAAUAAUGCCUUGAUUGCACUAUCUGAAGAGAAUAUUGAGCCUUGUAGUACCACUCAUUUGGAGAUAUCUCCUUUGGCAAUAUUGGGAGUCUGUGCAGGAGUUAUUCCUUAUCCACAUCACAAUCAAUCUCCAAGAAAUACUUAUCAAUGUGCAAUGGGUAAACAGGCUAUCGGAUUCAUUGGAUACAAUCAACAUUUGAGAACAGAUACUUUAUUGUAUUUGUUGACUUAUGCACAGAAACCGUUGGUCAACACCAAAACCAUUUCAUUUAUCAAAUAUGAUGAACUUCCUGGUGGUCAGAAUGCUAUUGUUGCAGUAAUGAGUUACAGUGGAUAUGAUAUUGAAGAUGCCUUGAUAUUGAAUCGAUCCAGUUUGGAUAGAGGAUAUGGACGUUGUUGUGUAGUUCGUAAACAUGCUUUUGGUUUACGAAGAUAUCCGAAUGGAACUUGUGACCGAGUUUGUCGUCCACCAAGUUUUUCGGAAAGUUCAGAACGUACUCAUAUGAAGUUUGCCUGUUUGGAAGAAGAUGGAUUACCCAAAGUGGGAGGUCGUCUUUCUCCUGGUCAAGCAUAUGUAUAUAAAGAAACGCCUAUGGAUACGAUGACGACCAUGACUAGUCAGCAAAGUAUUCAACAAGUUGGUUAUCGUCCACAGCCAUUCUUUUAUAAAGGUCCAGAUGAUGCAGUCAUUGAUAGAGUAGUUGUCACUUCCAAUGCUUCUACCCAUGCGCUUAUUAAGGUCAUGAUACGAGAGACUAGAACUCCAGAGGUUGGAGAUAAGUUUUCUUCGCGACAUGGACAAAAGGGAGUUUGUGGUUUAAUUGUUCCUCAAGAAGAUAUGCCAUUUAAUGAACAAGGAAUAUGUCCAGAUAUUAUUAUGAAUCCGCAUGGCUUUCCUUCUAGAAUGACAGUAGGAAAACUUUUGGAAUUGAUGGCUGGAAAAGCUGGAGUAUUAAGUGGCGAAUUUAAAAAUGGUACAGCAUUUGAUGGAGAUCCUUUAGAAGAUUGCGCAUCUUUACUUGUUCAACAUGGAUUCUCUUAUACAGGGAAAGAUUUUUUGUAUUCGGGAAUGACUGGAGAACCAUUGCAAGCUUAUGUGUUUAUGGGACCCAUCUAUUAUCAGAAGUUGAAGCAUAUGGUAAAGGACAAAAUGCAUGCUAGAGCAAGAGGUCCUCGUGCUGUUUUAACAAGACAGCCUACAGAAGGCCGUUCUCGAGAUGGUGGUCUUCGGUUGGGAGAAAUGGAAAGGGAUUGUUUGAUAGGAUAUGGUGCCUCUAUGCUUAUUAUGGAAAGAUUGAUGCACAGUAGUGAUGCAUUUACAGCUCAUGUUUGUAGACAAUGUGGUUUGAUUGUUUCCAAAGAUUGGUGUCCAACUUGUGGUAAUUCUUUACAAAUACGGCCAUUGAAAAUUCCGUAUGCUUGUAAGCUAUUGUUUCAAGAACUUCAAAGUAUGAAUAUUUGGCCAAAAAUUUUAUUGGAAGAACGUAAUGCCAGUUGAUGAUUAUGUUUCAUGAGAAAGG